UAGUUGGUUUUGCAAAUAUUUUCGGCACUUCUACAUAAAAGUAUAAAAUAUAAAAACAAUAAUAAGAAAAAUAUUCGAGUCAGCAAAACAUGUCGUUUCAUUUAAGUACUAAAGAGCGAUUAUUACUGCUAAUUGAUGAUAUUGAAAUGAUAUCUAAGGAACUAAUAGAACAAGCGCAUCAAAAAAUAUCCAGCACCGAAUUGGCGGAUUUGCUCGACUUGUUGGUUUCCAAAGAAGAGGAGUUUAGAAAAAUGUUGGAGUUGGCAGAGGAGCAGGCCAAAGUGGAGGAAGCAAUGGACAAACUACGUGCUAAAGUCGAAAUACAUGAUCGUGAGAUACAAAAGCUGCAAAAAUCACUGAAAGAUGCCGAGCUUAUACUGUCCACAGCCAUAUUUCAGGCACGUCAAAAGCUGGCCAGCAUUAAUCAGGCCAAUAAGCGUCCGGUUUCAUCUGAGGAGCUCAUAAAAUAUGCACACCGCAUUAGUUCAGCAAAUGCAGUGAGCGCUCCAUUGACUUGGUGUAUUGGGGAUCUUCGAAGGCCAUAUCCUACAGACAUUGAAAUGCGGAAUGGACUUUUGGGUAAAUCUGAACAGAAUAUAAACGGUGGACUUGUCGCGCAUCAAAAUAGCGCUAUUCAGUCAGAAGCCCAGCGCAAUUUGAGCGGUACUGGCGGCAGCAACGCUGGCAGUGGAAACGAAGUACCAAACGCAUUCCAAAAUCAAUUCAGCUGGAAUCUUGGUGAGCUGCACAUGAUGGGAGCAUCUGGCAACUCUGUAGCCCUAGAAACACGUGCACACAAGGAAUCUUCAGCUCAGGAUGAUGUUGAGGUCAUGUCCACAGACAGCUCAAGUUCUAGUUCAAGUGAUUCGCAAUAGAUGCACAAAUAGUAAUAGUGUAGCAAUUAGGACAGAGUUUUAUAUAUAUAUUACGUAAUAUUAAAAAA